CUCAUUCCCCUUCCCCAUAUAUAUUCUAAAAUUUCUCCCCUCUCUCUCUCUCUCUCUCUUUCCGUUUUUCCUUUUUCGCUCCCUCAAUCUCUAACUAUCAAUCUCAACCCUAGAACCCUCCGUUUUCCUCUUUUCCUCCGCCGUCCACGGAGGCGAGUUUCCAGGACACCGUCGGUGGAUAAAUCUGGCCGUACUUUCAUCGGUCACCGUCGCAAGGACCGCCGCCUCUCGAUCCGAUUUCCGUCGUAUCGACGUUUCGGAUUCGGUUUUUAAACAGACCAUUUUCUCUCUCAAAAUUUCGGAGAGUUUACGCUUUGAUCCUUUUUCGUUGCUAGAGUUACUGACAUUCACCGUCUGCAUCUUUCUUUAACCGCUCCAAGUUCUUUAUUAUUAUUAAUUUUUCUUUUUUUUUUUUAGUUUUUUUUUUUCAUUUCCUCUUAUCAUUUGCGAUUUGAAAUUUGUUACGUCCGAAACGUCCAACUCUGGGUGAUUUGACGGGUGAACCUUUCUAGGAGUAGGAUUUUACGAUUUUACCCCUUUGUUUGCCACGUGGCAUGAUCUAAGGCUGAGGAUGAGUGUACACUCACGCACCAUCACCACCAUGUUGCCUCCUAGGGCGUCAAGGAAGCGAAAGGAGGUUGAGCCGUUUGUGAAGCCAAAAGCUACGGCAGUCGACUCAGUCUCGUCGAAUCAGCUUCUAGCCGGCUACCUUGCUCACGAGUUUCUGAGCAAAGGCACUUUGUUUGGGGAGAAGUAUGAGCCGGCUCGAAGUGAAGCCGUUGGAAUGACUAGCUCACAGCCAUCUGAGUGUAAGAGGAUGAAGCCGGAAGCCGCCACCGCCGCCGCCGCCGCCGCCGCUCCGAGCGUCAGAAAAGAAGAUCAUAGCUAUGCUGAGGUGGCAAGCAUCUUGAAAAUGGAUGGGGCCCACUUGCCUGGGAUUGUUAACCCGGCCCAGCUCGCUCGGUGGAUUAAAAUGUAACGUCCGGCGUGGUGUCCUUUCAUUGGAUGUAAAUUUUACCUUUUAAGUUUGCGUUGAAAUUUCUCAUUUCUCAUAACAGUUGGAAGGAUGGAAGUAGAGACGAGUUCUCUCUCUCUCUCUCUAAAAUAGCUCUCGGGAACUUUCUCUCUCAUUCUCUUUUGUUCUCUCGAAUUUCAUGAGUGUAGCGAGAUCUGUUGAUGAUCAACGUAUAGGACUGAGUUCGGAAACGGAGAAUCAGUCAGUUUGUUCUAAUGCUGUAAUCGCACAGUUUCUCCUUCCGUGUAAAUGAUUAUAUGUUACUCUUUUUCUUCUGUUUCA